AUGGCAACCGUUGUGAGAUUUCUGGUAUUCUUGGUUCAGGCUCUGCCUUCUCUUGGUCUCCUUCAAUCUCCCAAUAUCCGCGAGCUAUAUAGGUUUCCAAACGGAACUUGGCUCGAAAACAUCGCAGUGCGGCCCAACGGCAAUCUUCUUAUCACGGAUGCAACAACAUCAAGUCUCUGGGAGAUCACACCGUCAACAGAUUCCAUUCGCAGCUCUCCCCGUUUGGUUCACCACUUUGACGAAGCAAAAGACAUGGGCGGAAUCGCUGAACUUACACCGGAUACAUAUGCAGUCAUUGCCUCCAACUCCGUCUGGAAGAUUGACUUAAGCAAAGACCGUCAUUCCCCAUCGCCAGUUCGAAUCGCGGAUAUUCCCGCUGGAUUUCUGAACGGAAUGGCUGCACUCGAUGGAGGGAAUGCUGUUGUCAUCUCCGAUUCCCGCCUAGGUCUUGUGUGGUAUCUCAACGUCCAAUCUGGCAAUUAUAGCAUCUCCCACCAACAUGAGACCAUGCAAGCAAAUUCUGACUUGGGAAUGUUGAUCGGAGUCAACGGGCUGAAGAUCAUGGAGGAUUACAUGUAUUACAGCAAUAGUCCGAAGCAAAUAUUUUGUCGUGUUAGAAUCGACACACGUACCAGCCGAGCAAUGGGACCUUACGAAAUCAUCAGCUAUAACACACUCGCUGACGACUUUGCGAUUGAUCCACGGAGAAUUGGGUAUCUUGCCAGUUUGACAAACAAUGAGAUCAUCAAGGUUUACCCUGACGGGCUUCACGAGGUGGUCGCUGGGGCGGAAUAUUCAAGAGUCUUGAUGUCUGCUACCGCUGCUGCUUUCGGCAGGACACAAAGUGAUCGCCAUGUUCUUUAUGUCACGACUGGAGGUGAAACAGAGCCUCCUGUCCAUGAUACAGCGUCCUUGGGAGGGAAGGUAAUGGCAGUCUUCAUUGGGAGCUAG